CUUUUUACUAUUGCUUUCACGUUUCCUCAGUCAGCGAGAUCCUGACAGCUCAUUUCUUAAGCUUGAAUUUUGAUUGUUGUGAGCAACUACAGUGGAGGGGAGAAAGGCGGCCCUGAUCUUUUGAAGGUGGAAUGGAUUACAGAGUCCCCGGGGCAGCUAUCAAUGGAGAACUACCUGUGCAGCCCACUGGGGAAAAGAAGAAGAAAAAAGAAGCAGCGAAGGAAACGUUAGAACGAGACCACUGGAACAACAAGCUAGAAUAUGUGCUGUCCGUGGCAGGGGAAAUCAUUGGUUUAGGGAACGUCUGGCGAUUCCCUUAUCUCUGUUACAAGAACGGUGGCGGUGCCUUCUUCAUCCCCUACCUCAUCUUCCUUUUCACCUGUGGGAUCCCAGUGUUCUUCCUGGAGACAGCGCUGGGGCAGUACACCAGCCAGGGAGGGGUUACUUCCUGGCGGAGGCUGUGCCCUCUCUUUGAAGGAAUUGGUUAUGCCUCCCAGGUUAUUGUUGUACUUCUUAAUUUCUAUUACAUUAUUGUUCUGGCUUGGGCCUUGUUUUACCUCUUCAGCUCAUUCACCAUCAAUCUUCCAUGGGGCAGCUGUGACCACGAAUGGAACACAGAGAACUGUGUGGAAUUCCAGAAGACAAAUUCUUCUCUAAACGUGACAGUGGAAAAUGCCACCUCUCCUGUCAUUGAGUUCUGGGAGAGGAGAGUGCUAAAGAUUUCUGAUGGCAUAGAACAUCUGGGCACCGUGCGGUGGGAACUGGCACUCUGCCUCCUACUUGCAUGGAUCAUCUGCUACUUCUGCAUCUGGAAAGGAGUCAAGUCGACAGGCAAGGUGGUGUAUUUUACUGCCACGUUCCCAUACCUCAUGCUGGUAGUUCUACUGAUCAGGGGCGUCUCCCUGCCUGGGGCAUCUAAAGGGAUCCUCUUCUACCUUUACCCAGACCUCACUCGACUCAGUGAUCCCCAGGUAUGGAUGGAUGCAGGCACUCAAAUCUUCUUCUCUUACGCCAUUUGUCUGGGAUGCCUGACAGCUUUGGGCAGCUACAACAAGUAUCACAACAACUGUUACAGGGACUGCAUCGCGUUGUGUUUUUUGAACAGUGGCACAAGUUUUGUGGCUGGUUUUGCCAUCUUUUCCAUCCUGGGCUUCAUGUCCCAAGAACAGGGAGUGCCUAUUUCUGAGGUAGCUGAGUCGGGGCCUGGCCUGGCAUUCAUCGCGUAUCCCCGAGCUGUCGUCAUGCUGCCUUUCUCCCCAUUAUGGGCCUGCUUCUUCUUUGUCAUGGUCGUGCUGCUGGGGUUGGACAGCCAGUUUGUCUGCAUGGAGAGCCUGGUGACAGCCAUAGUUGAUAUGUAUUCUGGAAUUUUCCGGAAGAAGAACCGCAGAGAAACUUUAAUUCUUUUGGUCUCCAUCCUUUCAUAUCUUGUGGGACUGGUCAUGAUCACAGAGGGUGGGAUGUACGUCUUCCAGUUGUUUGACUACUAUGCUGCUAGUGGAAUGUGCCUGCUCUUUGUUGCCAUUUUUGAGACCCUGUGCAUUGGCUGGGUAUACGGUGCUGACCGUUUCUAUGAUAACAUCGCAGACAUGAUUGGCUAUCGGCCAUGGCCUGUCAUCAAAUACUGUUGGUUAUUCAUCACACCAGCUGUCUGCCUGGCGACGUUUCUAUUUUCCCUGAUUAAAUAUACCCCGCUGUCAUACAACAAGAAGUACGUGUACCCGUGGUGGGGAGACACCGUGGGCUGGCUGCUGGCGCUCUCGUCCAUGAUCUGCAUCCCUCUCUGGAUUGUCUACAAACUUUCCACCAUUAAGGGAUCUCUGAGAGAGAGAUUCCACCAACUUGUGUGUCCAGAUGAAGACUUGCCCCAGAGGAUGUGUCCAGGUCAUCAGCCUUUUCCUGCCACUGGAACUGGGCUCCUGAUGUUGACGGAACUGGAUUCUCACUGUUAGAGGGAGGCACCCCCCUCUGCAUUGGACAAUCCUGGACUUUGCCCAUGGCCGAGGAGAGAGGGACCAGUGAGCUGACUCCCCUUCCCCCCUCCGAAGGAUCAGUGGUGACUGCUAGGGAAAAAAGAGAGCUCUCCCAGGAGGUUGUGGAGGAAGCAGACCUUGCUGCUCCACCUUUUUGUCUGGCAGCGUGUUUUCAGGAGAUGAUUCGAACCAAAAUGUUCCCCUGUGAGAUUUUCUGGGAGUGGAACAGGAAGGACAAGGCCCUGGGGUGGAAAAUACUUCACAUGAUCACAGAAGAGUUUAUCUUGUGUGGCUUCUAGGGAGCUCCUCAUUCCAUCUAUAAAAAUCAU